CGCAAGAUGUCCGCCAAGCUCGCAGCCAUAUUCGCGCUUGUUGCAGUCGCAGCGAGCCUCGUCGAGGGCAAUCCUUCUAUCGUCACUGGAUACGACCACUUGGAGUUGUGCAUUGAGAAUUGUGCUCAAUGCAAGAAGACGCUCGGAGCGUGGUUCGACGGCCCACUGUGUGCGGACUCUUGCCUCAAGUUCAGAGGGAAGCUGAUCCCCGACUGCGAGGACGUAGCCUCCAUUGCACCCUUUCUCACCAAGAUUUAA